AUGGCGUCACGACCAGCCAAGAAGAGGAGGCUCACCCCUCCCCAAUCAGAGGACGAGGGCAGCUCCCGCCAGAACGCCAAAGUGCAGAAGGCCUUCUUCAAGAGCGCCUCCACUUGGGACCUUGAGCAGGACUAUGAGACCAAGGCCAGGAAGGGGCAGAACAAGAAGGGCAAGGAGAGCACCCGCCUGCCCAUCAAGCUUUCUGACGGUCGACUGCAGCAUCAUGUCCAAGCCGUAGAUGAUGACGUGCAGUCUGUGGAUGAUGAGGACUGGCUCGACGGUAAAGACUUGUCCGACGACGACGAGCAGGAUGAUGAGCCCGUCCGCGAGGAACCCCAGAUCCCUGUGCAGCAGCAGAUUCUCGAGGCCAAGGAAGAGCUCGCCAAGAUAGCUCUCGCGCUCAAUGAGAAUCCCGAGGAGAACGGCGCUGCGUUCAAGGCUUUGGCUAAGGUCGGUCAGUCGAAGAUCGUUGCUAUCCAGAAACUGGCGCUGGCAACUCAGCUUGCCGUCUACAAAGAUGUCAUCCCUGGGUACCGGAUACGGCAGGCAACGGAAGAUGGACCGGAGGAGAAGCUAUCCAAGGACGUCAGAAGCUUGCGGUCUUACGAACAAGCUUUGGUCUCCGGCUACCAGAAGUAUGUUCGGGAGCUCGCGAGAUACGCCAAGACGGGCAGAAACAAGGAGCCUUCCAAAGGCCAGAGCGUGGCCAGUGUUGCGAUAACAUGCGCCUGCACUCUCAUAAUGUCGGUACCGCAUUUCAACUUCCGCGGAGAUCUGCUCAAGAUCCUCGUCGGCAAGUUGAGCACGAGGAGAGUCGACGAGGACUUCGACAAGUGUCUCAAGGCGCUCGAGACCCUAUUCCAGGACGAUGAGGAAGGCCGACCGGCUAUGGAGGCUGUUUCGCUUCUCUCAAAAAUGAUGAAGGCACGAGAGUACCAGGUUGAUGAGAGUGUCCUAAACCUCUUUCUACACCUGCGUCUCCUGUCUGAGUUCUCCGGCAAAGCCUCCAAGGACCAUGUUGAGCACGACAACAUGGGACCCAAUGGAAAGAAGCUCAAGCAAAAGAAGGAAUUCCGAACCAAGAACCAGCGCAAGGCCAUGCGAGAGCAAAAAGCCAUUGAGAAAGACAUGGCACACGCCGACGCGCUUGUCAGCCACGAAGAGCGGGAGCGCAUGCAGUCAGAAACGCUGAAGCUUGUAUUCGCGAGCUACUUCCGCAUUCUCAAGGUCCGCAUGCCACACUUGAUGGGAGCAGUGCUGGAAGGCCUGUCGAAAUACGCACACCUUAUCAAUCAGGAUUUCUUCGGAGACCUCCUUGAAGCCUUGAAGGAUCUGAUCCGGCACAGUGACGCUGACCAGGAGGGCGAGGAUGGAGAAGACGAACCGGCCUUCAACACCGCCCGCAAUCCGACCCGCGAGGCUCUCCUCUGCACUGUGACGGCCUUUGCUCUGCUUGCUGGUCAGGACGCACACAACGCCAGGGCAGAUCUCCAUCUGGACUUAUCAUUCUUCACCACACAUCUUUACCAAACUCUCCUCCCGCUCUCUAUCCACGCAGAUCUAGAACUUGGUGCCAAGUCUCUCCACCUUCCAGACCCGGAUGCUCCAGUUUCUCAACAAAAAGCGAGCACCUCGCGCAACAAGGUUAACUUGCAGACGACGACGGUUCUCUUGAUCCGCUGCCUGACUGAUAUCCUCCUUCCACCGUGGAAUAUUCGUUCAGUCCCCCCGCUGCGCCUUGCCGCUUUCACGAAGCAGCUCAUGACCGCUUCUCUGCACACGCCCGAGAAAUCAACGCAGGCCAUACUCGCACUCCUUGCGGACGUCGGUGGCACGCACGGGCAAAAAGUGUCUGCUUUGUGGAAUACCGAGGAACGCAAGGGCGACGGGUCUUUCAAUCCAAUCAGCGAGAGUGUGGAGGGCAGCAAUCCAUUUGCGACCACGGUGUGGGAGGGUGAGAUUCUGAGGCGGCACUAUUGCCCCAAGGUUCGGGAUGGAGUAAAGAUGGUGGAGAAGAUCUUUGCACCGCAACGGAGAUGA